AUGGCAACCCAAACACUCUCAAGAUGGACUUUUUUGGACAAUAUCCGUCGAACUCCUGGUCCAUUUACUGAUGAGGAGUUUGAUGGUAGCGAGGCAUGCACUGCUCUCCUCGAUCACAUGAAAAUCUUAGUAAUUGGAGCGGGAGGUCUUGGUUGCGAAAUCUUGAAGAAUCUAGCGCUAUCAGGAUUCAAGACGAUUCACGUGAUUGAUAUGGACACAAUCGACGUUUCAAAUUUGAAUCGACAAUUCCUUUUCCGCCAUAGCGAUGUUGGAAAGUCCAAGGCUGAAGUUGCAGCCAAAUUUGUAGAGAAACGAGUAAAGGGUGUCACGAUUGUACCGCAUAAUUGCAAGAUCCAAGAUAAGGAUGAGGAAUUUUACAUGCAAUUCAGCAUUGUUGUAUGCGGGUUAGACAGUAUCGAAGCCCGACGAUGGAUUAACUCUAAAUUGGUCGACAUGGUUGAUAUGGAAAAUCCGGACAGUCUGAAGCCAUUGAUAGAUGGAGGAACCGAAGGAUUUAAAGGUCAAUCACGUGUAAUCCUACCGACCAUGACUUCCUGUAUCGAGUGUCAACUUGAUAUGCACGCACCGAGAGCUGCAGUUCCUCUCUGUACGCUAGCUACAAUACCUCGCCAACCGGAGCAUUGCAUCGAGUGGGCUCACAUUAUGGCAUGGGAGCAAGAGAAGCCAUUUCCCAAGCUAGAUAAUGAUGAUCCAGAACACAUCACUUGGCUUUACAAGAAGGCUCUAACUAGAGCGCAAGAAUUCAACAUCCCGGGUGUUACUUAUUCUUUGACACAGGGAGUGGUCAAAAAUAUCAUUCCAGCAAUUGCUUCGACUAACGCAAUAAUCGCGGCAAGCUGCUGUAACGAAGCGUUCAAAAUUGCAAGCAGUACCAAUCCUUCUCUUGGCUUGGAGGAAAAUUAUAUGAUGUACAGUGGAGACGACGGCAUUUACACUUACACCUUCAAGCAUGAGAAGAAGGACGACUGUCCCGUGUGUGGAAACUUGGCAAGGGAUUUGAGCAUCGACCCCAAUUUGACUCUUCAGGAGUUCAUCGAUUCUCUUGCACAUAGACCAGAAGCGCAGCUCAAGAAGCCUUCGAUUCGUUCAGCUGACAAUAAGUCUUUGUACAUGCAGAGCCCGGAGAGCUUGCGCGUGAAGACCGAGCACAACUUGUCAAGGAAGAUGGGAGAAAUGACUGGGGACGGGGAUGAGGUUGCAGUAACAGAUCCGUCAUUGGGUUCAGUCAUGUUCAAGUACAGACUGAAAUUCUCCAGGGCAUUUGUGGUAGAUGCUGCGACUGAGAGUGUGUCCACUUAG